AUGUUUGAGUCACUUGUUGCAAAUUUAUUGAAUAGGUUCCUAGGUUCAUAUCUAGAGAAUUUUGAUACAAAACAGUUGAAUAUUGGUAUAUGGAGUGGUGAUGUUAAAUUAACCAAUUUAAGAUUGAAAAAGGAAAGUUUAGAUAAAUUGAAAUUACCAAUUAAUGUAACAUUUGGUCAUUUAGGAGUAUUAACAUUGCAAAUACCGUGGGCCAAUUUGAAAGGACAACCAGUUAGAAUUAUAAUUGAAGAUUUAUAUUUAUUAGCUACUCCAGCUAAUCUAUCAAAUUAUGAUGCAGAAGAUGAUGAAAAAAGACAAGAGGCUGUAAAGCAAGAUAAAUUAAAACAAUUGGAAACUUUUUUGGAAGCUCAAAGCGAAGAAUUGGGGAAAGAUUUGGUAGAUUCAACUUUUGCGGAAUCAUUAAUCACUAAAAUUGUUGAUAAUUUACAAGUAACUAUUAAAAAUAUACAUUUAAGAUAUGAAGAUGAAUCAGUGUUGACAGAACAUCCAUACUCACUUGGGGCAACUUUGGGAGAAUUAUCAGCUGUUUCAACCGACGAAAAUUGGAAACCAUCAUUUAUAGCGAUUACUCAAGUAUUUGCUAGAAAACUUUUGACAUUGGAAAAUUUAUCUUGUUACAUGGAUACUAAAUCUCCAGAAUUAAUCUCAAAAUUGGAUAAAAAUGAAACUCUUGACAAAUUCACAUCAAACAAUUUUAAUGAAGAAUAUUUAAUGAAACCAAUUAUAGGUAAUGGUAAAAUCACUAUACAUAAGGCAGGUGCCACAAAGAAUCAACCACAUAUUGUAUCAGAUUUAGCUUUUGAAGAAUUUGGAUUGGAGUUAAAUAGUCAACAAUAUGAAGACAUACUAUGGACAGCAUCAAAAUUCCAUUGGUAUAUGAAAACUGCAAAAUUCAGAAAAUUAAGACCCAAAGUACCACCAAGUGAAGAUCCUAAAACUUGGUUCAAAUAUGCUGCAGAAUGCGUACGUAAUGAAAUUCACGAAAAACACUAUAAAUGGAGUUGGGAACAUUUUGAAUUGAGAAGAGAUCAAAGACUUGCGUAUAUAAAAUUAUGGAAAUUAAAAUUAGACAAGAAAAUAAGUCCCGAGGAAGAGCAGGAAUUAAAACAACUAGAGUGGGAUUUGUCGUUUGAAGAUAUUAAAUUAUAUAGAUCACUUGCAAGAAAUGAAAUCAGAAAAUCAGGAAAAAACACUAGAUUAUUUGAUACUGAAGCUGCAGAUAAAAAUGAAAAACAGAAUACUGGAUGGUUUUCUGGUUGGUGGGGUGGCGGCAAAAAGCAAGUUGAAGAAGAAAAGAAGGACACCCUUGAAGCUGAUGGUGACCAUACAGCAGUUUCCUUAAAUGAUGAUCAAAGAAAAUCACUUUAUGAUACAAUUGAUUAUGACGAAAAAGCUCAAGCUACUGAUAUUGAUCUUCCUAUUGAUUGUGUCAAAACAAAAAUAUCAGCUGUAUUAAAUAGAGGUGGUUUAGUCAUAAAAAAGGAUUAUUCAUCAAACUUAGCUGAAAUUGCAUUUGAAGGCUGUGAAGCCAAAUUUUUUCAAAGACCAGAAUCAUUUUUAGCUUCUUUUCAAAUGUCAGAAUUUAAAGUUGAAGAUGGUACAAAUUCAAGCAUAUACAAACAUCUUAUAAGUGUUAAAGAAGCAUCAGAUGAUGAAGCUACUAAAUCUCAUGAUCCAUUUUUCCAGGUACUGUAUGAACAAAAUCCAAUCGAUGGUUCAGCAGAUUCUGAAUUGCUUGGUAGGUUAAAAUCAAUGACAAUUUUUUAUAACCCAAGAUUUGUGGAAAACUUGAUGCAAUUUUUUACACCACCUAAAAUACAUUUAGAUACAGUUGGUGCAAUUAUGAAUGCUGCAGAAUCUACAGUUGAAGGUUUAACAUCUCAAACAAGAAUGGGAUUAGAAUAUGCAUUAGAAGAACACAAGACAGUAAAUGUUAAAUUAGACUUACAAGCACCAUUAAUCAUUAUGCCAUUAGAUCCAUCAAGUUAUAAAUCACCUGUUGCAAUAUUAGAUGCUGGUCAUUUAAGUAUUGUUAGUGACUUAAUUGAGAAAUCUAAAAUCAAGGAAUAUAAAGAUAAAGAAAAAUAUACUGAUAACGAUUGGGAAAAUUUAAGAGAUUUGUUAUAUGAUCAAUUUAAGUUAAGUUUAGUUGAUGCACAAUUUUUAGUUGGUCAAAAUAUAAAAACCACCAUGGAACAAUUAUAUAAACAUGAUUCAGAAAGACCAGCUCUUAUGCUUGAUAAUUUAAAUUUGAAUGUGAAUUUAGGUGUAUCGAUAUUACCUGAUGCUAAAAAUUUACCUAAAAUGAGACUUGGAGGUAACAUUCCUAAAAUUAAAAUAGCAAUGAAUGAUUUUCAAUAUAAAACAAUUAUGAAUAUUCUUGAAGUUGCAAUACCCAAUACGGGAACAGAUAUUACUGAUGAAUCAAGUGUAUUUGCAACAUAUGGUAAUAACUCACCGCAAAAUAAUGAUCUAAGUAUUGAAGAUGACGUAUCUGGUGAUAAGAAAGAUUCAAAAGACGUUGAAAAGGAUAAUAAUGAUGAGCAAAGAUUAAUUGAGAUUGAUUUCAAGAUAAAUCUGAUACUUUUAUCGCUUUCAAGAUGUAUCAAUGGGGUUACAUUGGAAGCAGAACCUCUUAUAGAUAUAAUAGGAGAUGAUUUGUCUUUAUUACUUUUCAAAACAGAAACUGAUAUGCAAUUAGAUUUGAGUUUGCUGGACUUCAGUAUUAAAGACUGUUUAGAAAAAUCUGGUGUUGCAGAAUUCAAUAAUUUGAUGAGUUCAAAUAGUGAAUCAAAAUUGAAAAAACUAUUACUGCUUUCACUUAAAAGAGUUCAAAGAUUGGUUGAUUUUAAAGGAUCUAGGAUUGAAGUAUUUGAUCAAGAUAUUGAUUUACAAAUUGCCACAGUUCAAAUUGUAAUAACGAGAAAGUCCAUUUUGAGUCUUUUAACUUUUUGUAUGAAUACAUUUACGGAUCCUAAUGCACAACCUACUCCUGCUGAUGAAUUAAAACAUAAUGAUGCUAACGAAGAAGCAGCUCCACAAAAGAUCAAUAUGAAAAUAGGAUUAGAUAGUAUUAUAAUAGCAUUAAAUGAAGAUGGACUGAAAUUAGCUACAUUUGAAUUAAGUUUAGCACAAAUUUCUUUAUUACUUUUACCAGAAACUAUUGAUGUUGCCGGAAAAUUGGGUGCUUUAUCUUUGGUCGACAAUUACAAUUCUGUAUCUACUAAACUAAUACAUAUGGAUGGGGAUAAUUUAGCUGAAUUCAAAUAUAAAACUUUUGAUAUUCAUGGUAUCAAACCGUCAGAGGUCACUUUUAAGACAAGUUCUUUGUCAGUAAACUUUAUUGAAAGCUCAUUCAACAGACUUAUAUCAUAUAGUACUCAAUUUAUGCAAAUGAAAGCAAUUUAUGAUAGCACAAGAGAAGCUGCGAUGAAUCAAGCUUCCCAACUUCCAACGAAAAUCAAGUUUGAUAUUAUCGUUCAAGCGCCAAAUAUUACAUUCCCUAUUGGUUCAGCUGGUGAUAAAAUUGUAGUCGACUUGGGAGAAUUAUAUGCACAAAAUGAAUUUAAAGGUGAUAUAAAUGCUAUUGAAACUGGAAUAAGAAAUAUCAAUUUACAUUCUGAGUUUAAAUUUGAUAGAGUAGAGCAAACUUCAAAAAUUAUGGAUGAUUUAGAUAUUACAUUUAACGUUAAUUGGUGUGAAUCAUACAAAAAGGGCAUUCCAACUUUUGAUAUAAUAGGAAAAAUGCCAGAAUUAGAUAUAAUCUUAACCGAAUAUCAAAUCAAAUUAAUAACUCAACUUUUAACACUGAUAAGCGAAACAUUUGAUACUGAUAAUACAUCUACAAAUUUUGAAGAAAUUGAAGAGGAAGCAACUUAUGCAAAUAAAGUGCUUAAACAUAAUACAAAAAUCAUUCAAGGUAACAGUAGUGGUCAAGCACAAGCUCCAAAAGUAGAAGAUAAAAUUGCAAAUAAACAAGAAGUUCCAAAAGAUCAUCAAAUUGUGAAAUUUAAAUUUUCAGUACCAAGAAUAGCAUUAACACUUUAUAAUGACACAGUUGGUGUCGUAGAUAUAAGUUCACACAGUUUAUCAACAUUUUCAUUGAAUGAGUUCAAUAUAGACUUUGAUAUGGCUCAAGAUAUGCUGUUCGACUCAAAAUUAGCAAUCAAAUCAUUUAUUGUUGAGGAUACUAGACAAAAUACUAAUAGCAAAUUUCCAAUAUUAAUUCCAGCUGCAAAAGAUGUUGAUAAUCAAUUUGUUUUACAAUUAAGUUCCGAAGGUUCUGAUUCGAAUAAAUCAAUAACUACAAUUUUGACAGUCCAAAAACCAAAAGUUAUUUUAGCAUUGGAUUAUUUAAUUAAUUUGCAAGAUUUUUUGAUAAAAUCACAACCACCUCCUCAAAGACCAGAUAUAGUUACAAGGCAAUCAAGAAAGUCCGUUUCGCUGGUUUCAACCAAAAAUGAUAAACCCGAAGAGGAUGCAAUUACACCAACGAAAUUAGGUAUCUCAAUAAAUAUUACAGAUUCGUCUGUGUUUGUGUUAGCAGAUGAUUCAAGAAAAGAUACAGAAGCGAUUGCAUUUAAAGUUGAGCAGAUUUUAAUUACAAAACAAAAUAUACUAUCAAUAGCAACAAGUAAAAUUGGUUUGUACUUAGCAAGAAUGGAUGAUCCAAAGAAUGCAAGAUAUAGAAUUAUUGAUGAUUUUUCAAUUUCAUUUGCUUAUGAUAAUAGAAAAAGUACAGCUACUGAAUUAUUGGAUAAUAUUCAAGCAUCUAUUGAACCGUUAGUCAUUAGAGUUUCUGUUAGAGAUAUAAGAUUAGGUUUAUCAAUUGUUAAUAGAGCUAAAGAAUUAUUAACUUUGAAUAACACACCAAAAGUUGAAUCAGUUGAUGGAGAUGAAAGUUCAGCCUUAUCCGAAACACCAAGUGUUUUAUCAAAUUCAUUAAUUAGAACUGCCAAUAAUGAUGAUGGCUCUGAACAACCAGUUCAUGGAAAGAAAGUAACGGUCAGAGGCGAAGAAGCAACUAUCAGUUUUGGUGGUCUUCGUUUUGUCUUAAUUGGUGACGUUUCAGAAUUACCUGUGAUUGAUGCUAAUUUAAAACCAUUUGAAUUUCAUGCAAUUAAUUGGUCAACUGACUUAAGUGCUGAAGUACAUCUUGAAACUUAUUUAAAUAUUUUCAACUAUGCCAAGUCUACUUGGGAACCAAUGAUCGAACCAUGGCCGAUUGCAAUUUAUGCUUCACAAAAGCAAGCUCCAGAUCCAAAAUUACUCGUUGAAGUUGUAUCAAGACAACUUGCUGAACUUACUAUUACAUCAAGAUCAGUAGCUUUAUUAUCACAAAUGCAAUAUCUUCUAAGUACUGAUCAACAAUUAAAACCCAGAGGACAGGAUUAUCCAUUUAUCAUCGUGAAUGACACAGGUUUAGAUAUAUUAGCUUGGACUGAUGGUCAAAAAGAGAAAACUGAAACUACAAUUAAAAAUCUAGAGUCAAAACCAUGGACAUUUGAAGAUUGGAGAAAGAUUCGUGAAAAUUUAGAUGCUGAUACAGCAAGUACAUUGGGUAUAUCGUUUAAAAAUGACUCUUAUGAUAGUAUUAAUCAAAUUUCUGCAGCAGGUGUUGGAGAAGAAUUAUUUAUAUUAAAACCUCCAGUUAAUGGAGUUCACAAUAGAUUAUGUGUAAAUAUUACACUUAGAGAAGAUUAUGUGAAAGUUAUAACUUUAAGAUCCACUAUAUUAAUUGAAAAUGAUGCUGAUGUUCCAAUAGACAUUGAAAUAGCUGACGAAAACGGCAAAACAGAAUUAUUAAUUAAAUCGAAACAAAAUCUUGCUGUUCCAAUAGACUACGUAUAUAAAGGAAAAUUAAGAAUGAAGCCUCAUUUACAUACAUCUUAUAAUUGGUCUGAAGAAUUUAUAGAUUGGAAAGAAGCAAUGAAAAGAGGUGGCGAAAUCGCUUUCAAAUGUCCAGCUACUAAAAGGGGUGAUACAUCUGUAUAUUAUUUCCAGACUGAAGCCAGUUACGAUAAACAAGAACCUUUAGCUCAAGUUUACCCACAUUUGAAACUUAUUAUAUCUGCUCCUUUAGAAAUUGAAAAUUUAUUACCUUAUGAUUUUACCUAUCGUUUAUAUGAUAAAAAUUCUAGAAAAGAAUGGACUGGAGAAGUUAAAAAGGGAGUUAAAAGUUAUGUACAUGUCGCAAGUUUGAAAAAUCUAUUGUUGUUGAGUAUUGAACCAUUAAAUUGUGAAUAUGGAAAAUCUGAAUUUGCAAUAAUAAACGCUGCAAGGCGUGAUGAGUUUAAAAGAGAGCAGACCUUUUCACUCAGGGGAGACAACAGGUUAAAAUUAAAUAUUCAUUACCCGAAGAAACAAGCUGAUAGUACAAGUUUGAAAGUUGUUAUUUACAGUCCUUAUGUUAUUCUUAAUAGAUCUAACUUGAACAUUUUUGCUAAUGAUCAUGGAAAUAUUUUUGAAUCAUUAGGUAAGACAAUUAACUCAGAUCCUAUAAAUCCAACAAUGUUUUCAUUUAAUAAAGAUGGAGAUAAGAGAAAUAGAGCAACUAUUAAAACUGAUGACACAGUUUGGUCAGCUCCAAUAAGUUUUGAUACGAUUGGUCAAUCUAGUCAUUUAAGUUUACAAUUGUUAGGAAAACAAAAAGAAAUAAAUUUAGGUGUAACUAUCUCCGAAGGAGAAGGUGCUUACAAUUUGACAAAAACUGUAAUUAUUGCUCCAAGAUAUGUCUUGAUAAAUAGGGUUAAGGAAGAUUUGUUGAUUGUUGAAGAAGGUGUAUCAAAAGAAGUCGAAGUCAAACCGGAUUCUUCAAUUCCGUUAUACGGAAUGCGUUGCUUGCCUAAGAAGAAUUUAAUGAUGAAAUUUAAACAAUCCUCCAGAUGGUCACAACCUUUCAGUAUUGAUAAUGUUGGUCUAUUAUUCAUCAAAGUCCAAAGAAAAGAUGGUGUUCAAAUGCUAUUAAAAGUCACUUUACUUUUGGAAGACGCAACUAUGUUUAUUCAUAUUGAUGAUGGUAAUAAUCAAUGGCCAUAUGCAAUUAAAAAUUAUACUGAUGAAGAAUUUUACAUUUAUCAAGGUAAUCCUAAUGUUAAUGCAAAUGGAGAAAUUGUCAAAACAGAGACGCCAUAUAAACCUAUAUAUUACAGGAUUCCACCAAAGAGUAUUAUGCCAUAUGCAUAUGAUUAUCCAAAUGCAAUUUUAAAAGAAUUAAUAGUUAAAUCACAUGGUCGUGAAAGAGCAGUUAAUCUAGCUGAAAUUGGAAACUUAAAACCAUUUAGAUUACCUCCAACUGAUAAUCGUGAACAAACGAUUAUUGAUUUAAAUGUUGCUGCUGAUGGACCAACUCAAGCUUUAAUUAUCACAAACUAUGAUCCAUCAAAGAGUUUAUAUAAGGUAAAGUCUGGAAAUGCAUCAAAUGCCACUGUUUCAACUAGUCAAGAUCAAUUUGUUGAAACUAAUGCAGAGGAUAAUUAUCAUACCCAAUUUGUUACUAAAUUCGAGGGUUUCGGUGUUUCGCUUAUAAAUACAAAGGAAAAAGAAAUAUGUUACAUAACUUUAAGAGGAUUAGAGUUAAGAUAUAACGAAUCUAACUUGUAUCAAAACUAUAGUUUGAAACUUAAAUGGAUGCAAAUUGACAAUCAAUUAUAUGGUGCAAUAUUCCCAAUUAUAUUAUAUCCAACAGUUAUUCCAAAUUCAGGUAAAGAAUUAAACGAACAUCCUGCAUUUUCUACCUCGAUUUGUAGAGUUAAAGAUGAUGCUCAUGGUGUAUUGUUUCUCAAAUAUGCAACAGUUUUAUUACAAGCAUUAACAUUAGAAAUUGAUGAAGACUUCUUGUAUGCAUUAAUUGAUUUUGCAGAAUUCCCAGGAGCUGCAUGGAAUAAAGAACAAAUCGAUAGAUUAUAUGAUGGAAGUCUUGACAUACCAGAGCCUGAACAAUUAAAUGAUGCAAGUGAUAUGUACUUUGAAGCAUUACAUUUACAACCAAUACAAGCAAAUAUUUCAUUUGUUAGAACCGAAAGAAUAGAUGUGGAAGAUAAAACUUCAUCUCAGAAUGCUUUGAUGUUUUUUUUGAAUGUUUUAACUAUGGCAAUUGGUAACAUUAACGAUGCACCAAUUAGAUUAAAUGCAUUAUUUAUUGAAAACAUCAGAGUUCCAACUCCGAUUUUGCUUGACUCUAUUAGAACCCAUUACAGUCAAGCUUUCUUUUAUCAAAUUUAUAACAUUUUAGGGUCUGCUGAUUUCAUAGGUAAUCCUGUUGGAUUAUUCAAUUUACUUUCUUCAGGAGUGAUGGAUAUAUUUUACGAACCAUAUCAAGGAUUUAUUAUGAGUGAUCGUCCACAAGAAUUGGGAAUUGGGUUAGCCAAAGGUGGUUUAAGUUUUUUAAAAAAAUCAGUAUUUGGUUUCUCAGAUUCGAUUUCAAAAGUCACUGGUUCAUUAGCUAAAGGCUUAACUGUUGCCACAAUGGACCCUAAAUUCCAAGAGAGACGUCGUUUACAAGUUGCUCGUAGAAAUAAACCAAGACAUGCCUUGUAUGGCUUUACAUCUGGUGCUAAUUCAUUUUUCGAAUCUAUUUCUUCAGGUAUUGAAGGAGUAGCUAGUGCUCCAAUGGAAGGUGCUGAACAAGAUGGAGCUGCUGGUUUUUUCAAAGGUUUAGGUAAAGGUUUAAUUGGUCUUCCUACAAAAACAGCAAUUGGAGUAUUUGAUUUAGCUUCGAAUGUGAGUGAGGGAAUUAGAAAUACUACAACAGUUUUUGAUGGUGAUGGAUUAGAUAAAGUAAGGUUACCAAGAUAUGUUAAUCCUGAUGGAAUUAUUAAACCAUAUUCUGAAAGAGAUUCACAAGGUCAAUAUUGGAUGGUUAAUAUAGACAAUGGAAGAUUUUGGAAUCAAACUUAUUUAGGACAUUUGAUUUUACCUGGUGACGAAAUGGCAGUAUUGUUAACUUUCAGAGAUAUCAUUUUAUUUGAUAUAAAGACUUUGUCAUCAAGAUGGUGUAUUAAAUUUGAUACAAUAAAAUCAAUAUCAGUUGAAAAUACUGGAUUAACUAUAGAUUUGAAAAAUAGAAAAGGACCGUUCAUUCCAAUACCUGAACGAAAAAAUAGAGAUUAUUUGUAUGAAAAAAUUGCAGUUGCUGUUAAAGAAUAUAAUAAGAGUUGCCGUGUAACUUUAUAA